UGAUUACAGUAGAUUGUAACAUGGGAUCAGGCAUAUCCUGUAAUCCACAACACGAGAGAUCCUCUCCUACAUCACAACCGGAUGGAGGGAGGGUGGUGAAAAUUAUUCAUUUUAAUGAUGUGUACAACAUUGAGGCGCGAGAUCAGGAACCUGUAGGGGGAGCGGCAAGGUUUGUUCAGAAGAUAUCAGACAUUUUAGCAGAGGAGGAGAUGUUAGUAAUUUUUAGUGGAGAUGCCUUCAACCCCUCCCCAAUGAGCACAAUGUUUAAAGGAGUACAGAUGGUUCCAGUACUUAACGCUUGCAAUAUCGCUGCUGCUGUUUAUGGAAAUCACGACUUUGAUUUUGGCCUGGACGACUUAAUGGAGCUAAAGAGUUCGUGUAACUUUCCUUGGUUGAUGACCAAUGUCAUCGACAAGGAGACAGAUCGCCCCUUAGGGGACGGUAUGGAGUACUUAGUGUUGCAGUACAAAGAUAUCAAGGUGGGAGUAUUGGGACUGGUAGAGUCAGGUUGGAUGGAAACAUUGAGUACGAUUGAGAUGUCGGAGAUAGAGUACCAAGACUAUGUGGAAGCAGCCGAUCAUUAUGGGAGUAUCCUGAAAGAAGAACACGGAGUUGACCUGGUGGUGGCGCUGACUCACAUGAGAUGGAAUAAUGACCGGAGACUGGCAGCUUGUGCAAAGCACGUGGACCUCAUUUUAGGAGGACAUGACCAUAACUACGGGGUUGAACAGGUAAACAACAGAACGAUUAUCAAGAGUGGCACAGAUUUCAGGGAACUGUCUAAAGUAACUUUAGUAAUCGACUCUGAAAAUAAGGUUAAAACAGUUGUAGAGAAAGUUAUCAUCACUUCGGAGAUUCCUGAGAACGAAAAUAUACAACUGCACGUGGCUGAUUACCAAGAAAAAGUAGGCGCUCAAAUGGAUAAAAUAAUAGGAGAGUUUGGGGUUCCCUUGGAAACAAGAUUUAGUGAAGUCAGGACUGAAGAAACUAAUAUGGGUAAUUUUAUAACCGAUGUUAUGAGAGUUGCAUUGCGAGCAGAUGUGGCCAUACUUAACAGUGGAACGAUGAGAUCAGACUGUAUAUUUCCUCCAGGAAAGUUCCGAAUGAGAGAUUUAUCAGCAAUUCUGCCGAUAAUGGACGAGCUUCUUCUUCUAGAGUGCACAGGGUCCCAGCUGCUGAAGGCGUUAGAGAACGGAGUAUCUAAAUACCCAGAGUUAGAGGGCAGAUUCCCGCAGCUCUCAGGAGUUCAAUUCCAGUUUGAACCUAAGAGAGAACCUGGCAAUAGAAUUCUACAAGAUUCUGUUUACGUUCUGGCUGAGCCCCUCGACCUUCAGAGAGUAGGUUUUAAGUUAUUGUCACGUGGUGUGUGA